GGAACCAGGCCCGUGAACCUCUUCAUCAUCAACGAUGAGACCAACAAGGUGGCUAACAAGAGCGUAACAGUGGCUCUGAAGACGAUCAAGGACAAGCACUCGAACCAAUUGGGAAGAGUCUGGACAGUCCAGGUGAACGAGUCUGACGUGAACGAUACUUUGGAUAGAAUCUGCAAUUCUUGGGAAUCUGCACUGGAUGGAGGAGGAAUGGAGGUUCCAGACUUGAUCAUAGACACCACGACAGCUGGCAUGGGGGCCAAAAUAUCGAAUUCCUUCGCGGCUGCCCUGGGAAUCCCCACGUUGUCCGCUCAGUAUGGCCAAGAAGGGGAUCUUCUCUACUGGAGGAACCUAAACAGUGAUCAGAGAGGAUAUUUAAUUCAAGUGAUGCCUCCAGCAGACCUGAUACCAGAAGCCAUCAGACAGCUGGCGAUCCAGCUGAACAUUACCAACGCAGCUAUCCUCUAUGAUCACAAUUUCGUCAUGGAUCACAAAUACAAGAGUCUGUUACUGAACGUUCCUACAAGACACGUGAUCAACGAAGCUUCUCAACAGGUGACAGAGAUGAGGAGGCAACUGCCUCGUCUAAGAGACCUGGACAUAGUCAACUACUUCAUCCUGGGGGAUGAAAACACCAUAAACGUGGCCCUCGAGGCAGCUGAGUCGCUUAACUUUACAGGAAGAAAGUAUGGCUGGUUCCUUCUGACUCCUGAAAGCAACGUUUGGCCUAGAUGCGAAUGUAGAAACAUCACAGUCCUCUUCAUGAGGCCAGAGUACAAGGACCAGAAGAAGCCAACAGUGGACGCUGCUCUGCCCAAACCACUCGUCUCCUCUGCAUUCUAUUAUGACCUGGUCCAGCUGGGUGUCAGGGCGAUGAAGCUGGCCUUGGACAGUGGAGAAUGGCCUCUGAGACCUAAACAAAUCACCUGUGAUGAAUACAACAACACAAACACUCCUGAAAGAAAGUUAGACUUCUUUGGGAAACUGAAAACCGCUUACAGCAACAUGACUCCAACUUUUGCAGAGAUUCAUUGGGGGACCAAGAAUGGCGAGCAUCAGGCAAGGUUCGAGAUGUCGAUUAAUUUGGUAAACAUUGAAGAGGGGGUGGCUGCAUCCAUGGUGGGCAGUGGAUCCUGGAACGCGAGCAUCUCUGCACCCUUGAAGGUGACCAACAAGGGCAUCAUGAACACGACAGCGGUGAAGAGCUACAGAGUGGUCACUGUAAUCCAUCCUCCAUUCGUGAUGUACAAUGAGGAGAAGAAUGAGUAUUAUGGCUUCUGCAUAGACCUCCUCAACGAGAUCAAGGAGACUGUGGAGUUCCAAUACGAGAUCCGUGAAACGAGCGACAAGCUCUACGGUAAUUUAAGUCCAAACGGCACCUGGAACGGAAUGAUGAACGAGUUGAUUGAAAAAAGGGCUGACAUUGCGUUGAGCUCGCUGUGGGUGACGGCGGAAAGGGAAAGAGUCGUGGAUUUUACCGUGCCCUAUUACGAUCUCGUAGGUCUCUCCAUCAUGAUGCUGAAGACCAAGACGUCCACCUCUCUCUUCAAGUUCUUAACAGUCCUGGAGAACGAGGUCUGGUUCUGCAUACUGGCUGCUUACCUGUUCACCAGCGUCCUGCUCUGGAUCUUCGACCGCUGGUCGCCGUACAGCUACCAGAACAACAGAGAGAAGUACAAAGACGACGAAGAGAAGAGAGAAUUUAACUUAAGAGAGUGUUUCUGGUUCUGCAUGACCUCGCUGACUCCUCAGGGCGGCGGUGAAGCACCCAAGAAUCUCUCUGGAAGACUCGUCGCGGCUACCUGGUGGUUGUUCGGGUUCAUCAUCAUCGCCUCCUACACGGCCAACCUGGCUGCGUUCCUGACAGUCUCCAGGCUGGAGAUACCCAUAGAGACCUUGGAUGACCUCAGCAAACAGUACAAGAUCCAGUAUGCUCCUGUGAAGAAUUCACCUGCUUAUAUUUAUUUCAAGAGGAUGGCCGCCAUUGAGUGGAAGUUUUAUGACAUUUGGAAGGAGAUGAGCCUAAACGACAGCUUGUCAGACGUGGAGAGGGCUCAUCUAGCAGUAUGGGACUACCCUGUGAGCGACAAGUACACAAAAAUGAUGCAAGCUAUGGCCGAGGCUGGGUUUCCCGAGACCACAGAAGAAGCUUUGAGGCGAGUUAGACGCCUAGACUCGAACAACGAGUUCGCCUACAUUGAGGACUCGACCACCAUCAGGUACCUCACAAUGAUAAACUGUGAUCUGGUACAAGUGGGGGAGGAUUUCUCCAGGAAGCCCUACGCCAUUGCUGUUCAACAAGGAUCUCCCUUGAAGGAUCAGUUCAACAACGCGAUUUUGAUACUGCUGAACAAGAGGAAACUGGAGAAGCUGAAGGACAAAUGGUGGAAGAAGAACCCUAAUAAAAAAGAUUGCGACGCGGAGAACAGCCAAAGCGACGGGAUCAGCAUCCACAAUAUCGGUGGCGUCUUCGUGGUCAUAUUCCUUGGUAUCAUUUUUGCCUGUUUCACCUUGGCCUUCGAAUACUGGUACUAUCGUCACCGUGCAAAGGUCACCAAGAUCACUCGUACUAGCCCCAUCAAAAGCAAAUUUACCAAAGUGAAACCUCUCAGAUUCAACCUGCAGCCAACUCCCACGCACGAAUUCCAAGCCGCCCAGUUCAGGUCGAGAUUCUAA